GGGAGAAGAGAAAAUAGUGGAAAGAGAGGGCAGAGCAGACUGCAUUUCCAGGCUGCGAGAUAGGUGCAUUAGACGGAGAAUCUACUGAGAGAGUUCAAGAGAGAAAGGAGGGGGAUCAUGGAGGAGUCAGCAGUGAGGUCAAGGGAAGGACUCCUGCCUGACUGAACCUGCUGUGAACCUACGCACAACACGGAGGCACAGACGUGCACAGACACACUCACACCAGUGGAGUUAAAUGGUGGCUUAGUGCAGGGCCGCCCAAUUCUGGUUCUUCUAAUCCGCGACUGAUUCAGACCUGGUACGCAAGCCAAAAUGACCCGAGCGGACCAGCUGGACAUCCAGUGAUCCAGAUCCAGCUGAAAGAGACCGGACCGAUUCACACCUACAUAACGAGCUGUGAUUUGGAGAUGAAUGGGAAUGUAGGAGGUGGAGGACCUGUGAGUUCACCCAGCGACAUUAACUGCAACUCCAACAGCACCACCAUGGUAUCAGACCUAUCCUCCCCAGAGUCUCAGACCCAGUCCCAGCCCUUCACACCACGGGCAUCUCGUACUCCAAAGAAAGCUGCUACGUUUGGGAAGCGUUCUAACUCCAUGAGGAGGAACCCUAAAGCUGUAGUAGCUAAGCAGGGCUGGCUAUACAAACAGGCCAGCAGUGGAGUGAAACAGUGGAACAAGCGAUGGUUUGUCCUGACUGACCGAUGCCUGUUCUACUACAAAGACGAGAAGGAGGAAGGAGUGUUGGGAAGUCUUCCUCUGCUCAGCUUUCGGAUCGGAGAAGUGCAGGUGUUGGAUAACAUCAGCCGCAAGCACGCCUUUAAGGUUUGGUACGAGGAAGAGGAGGAAGGUGAGAUUAAGGGCACCGUUGUGUUCUGCCUGCAGGCUGAACACGCAGGAACACGCACCUACUACUUCAGCGCUGAGACUGCCGAGGAACAGGAGGAGUGGAUCGACGCUAUGAACGAGGCUGCACACGUCCAGAUACAGCCUGCGCAGAGGACCACCAACUCCGAGGCCACCACGCCCACAGCGGAACUCCAUGGUAACACCUUGGUAACCAAAGGACCUGAACCACACACCCAGACACACACACACAUCGAGGACAACGGCCAGACGACUGACCUCCUAGACCCAGAGCGCGGAUCACGAGAACCCGCACAUCACAAGGUCAACGGGGUCGCCAUGGAAACGCCCCCUCCCUCCACCAGCCACUCAGAAAAGGAGGGGAGGAUGGGGGGAGAGAGAGGGGAGAGGGGGGAGAGAGGAGUGCUUGGACCUGGGGGUGCACCCCAUCACCAGCCCAAUGGUUGGGGCCCCUACGGCCCCCCAAACCAUGGAAACGGACCACCCCAGGGUAACGGGCGGCCACCCCUGGUACCUCCAGAGGGAGGGAUGAGAGAGGGGAGGGAGGUGAGGGAUCAGCCUGAGAAUGUGGUGCUGAGACGGGGUUUCGUGCCACGGACAAACCCUGAGAGACAGGCCCAGAGGAAGAGCUCCAUGACUCAGCUACAGCAGUGGGUCAACCAGCGCAGAGUCAUAGCUGUACAGGAGGACUUGAACAGUCCAUCUCAUUACUACACAGUGAACCGUGGCGUACCAGCUGACUACUACAGCGUCUACAGUAGCGUGGGGGGCGGUCCGGGCUACGUGGAGGAGUACCCCAUCUACCCUCCAGGCGUACGUCCUGACAGCAUCUGCUCCGUGUCAGCCGUGGGCUACGACCGCGUGGGCCCCCCUCGCUGGACCAACGAUGAGAAGAGACGCUCACUGCGGGACGGGCCCCUCUACGGACCCCCGCUCCCCCGAGACCCAUACGGCCCCAAACCCAGCCCUGCAUAUUACGACCAGAUGGAUGCAGCCCAGACCGCCAUGAGGCGUCUGUCCAUCCAACCUAGGUCUAGGUCCGUUCCCAGGUCCCCCUCCUCGUCCAUGGGUGGUCCCUACUCUCCCAGCCCCCAUAGCUUUGCCUCGCCUAUCUGCUCACCCUCGGCCCGGUUUGACAGAGGACCAGGCAGGCUACGGGAGGAUGUGAUCUAUGCUGACCCCUCUGUGUAUGGACUGAGGAGAUCACUGAGCUCUCCCAAGUAUGAUUACCCUGGAGACAGGAGGUCGCUAAGCCAAGGAAUGUACCACUACAACUACCCUGCCUCCCCCUCUCUACACAGCAAAAUGGAGGACAUUUUAGACCUGCAGCUCCAGAGAAACCUGGAGUACCUCGAUCAACAGGUGCCUCCGUUCCAUGACCCAUACAGGGAGCUUCACCCCACACUGAAACUCAAUGAGAUUGAGACCAGCAAACUCUUGGGUCGUCUGUGUGAGCAGAACAGGUUUCUAAAGGACCAGGAGGCAGUUGUUCACAGGCUGAGAAUGGACAAGGACAGCCUAGAGGGAGCGCUGGUGGCCACACAUCAGGAGAUGGAGCUGUACCGGGGUCAGCCGUUGGUUGCAGACAAACUACAGCUGAAGAAGGAGACACUGCAGAACCAGCUCAUCAACAUCAGAGGAGAACUCUCCCAGGCAUCCAGCGCUCUGACCACCACACGGAUGGAGUUUGAAGCUCUGGAGGACGAGGUCAAUGCUAUCCAUGGGGACCUGUGGGAGCAGCUCAAUGCAGGCGGGCAGAGUGAGAUGGUCCAUAGACACAUUCAGAAGGAGUUCUGGAGAGUUCAGGAAGUGUGGGAGGGACUCCACAAGAGCAACCUUUCCAGAGGCACAGACACAGCCAAACACAGGGUGGCCAGUGGGGCAUCAGGUUCCUUUAGCACCAAUAGUCCUGCCAGUCCCCUGAGUUCAGUAAGCCUCACCAGUCCACUCAGCCCCUUCUCCCCAGUGCCCGGCUCCCAGGUUUCCCCCACCAAACAGCUGGGUCCGGAGCAAAAGUAUGGUUACCGACAGGAUGUGUCGCCGGGAGAACGGACCAAUAGCAACGAAGCUCAGGAGCUGGAUCAGGAUCGACAGGCCAACAUGAAUAAAGUGGGGAUUGUUCCUCCCAGAACUAAGUCUCCCAUGGAGGACCAGGGCCACUCCUACGACCAUGGAAUCACCCGACGCAACGGAAAGGUGCCCAAUGGAAUCUCCAGGGAGCGCCCGAAGAGUGCAGUGUUCCCUGCUGAGGUGAAGUCCAAGAUGAGCAUUGAGGAGCAGAACGAGCGUAUCCGUAGGAACCAGAGCAGCUCUGUCAGGGACAAGAGACGCAGCCUGAACCUGGGUAGCCAGGCAGGCAACAACUACAGAGUGGUGAAGCGGAGGCUAACAGCCCAUGAGGUGGACAUCAAGGACCUGGAGGCUGCAGUACGGGGCGGGGGUUUGCAGGAAUCACCCCGGGAGGAGAUUGCUCGCCUCAGACGGUUACAGAUGGAACCUGACUACUACGACCUGGACAUCAGCAAAGAGCUUUGUGCUCCAAACAAGGUUCUGAUCCCGGAGCGCUACCUGGAUGUGGAGCCCAACACUCCUCUCAGCCCAGAGGAGCAGAAGGAGAAACAGAAGAAAGUAGAGAGGAUCAAGACUCUCAUUGCCAAAUCAAAUCUCCAGAAUGUGGUUCCCCUAUUGGACGGUCCUACUGAGGGAGGCGGUCCUCAUCACCAUGGCAACCCAGAGCAGAAGAUCCAGGAGCAGGAGAAGAGGAUCGAGAUCUCCUGUGCUCUGGCCGCCGAGGCCUCGCGACGCUCCCGCCUGCUCUCCGCCCAGUGCGCCCCCAGCCCCCCGCCUCCCCGACCAACCUGGCCCCUCCCCCGUCCUGCACCGACUUCUCCGACUCCGUUCACAUCAUGAAGGUGUGAGUCUGUGAAGCUCAAGCUCUGGCUGCCGUCAAGUUUGACGGAGCGUCCUUCUGAGGAUCCACUGGAAUAUAAAGAAAAUGCCCAAAGAAACUGGUUAUAUUUACAAACUGGUUAAUCUCCCAGACCACCUGCCCGCCGGUGUAUAAACCCAAAUGACCUCCACAACAACACAACCGGAAACAUGAAGCUGUCACAGGAAGUUUGGGAAGUUGACCACCUGAGGACUUUUUCAAGGCAAACAGACUAUGAUGGAGGACCACACCUCCCAACAGAAGGGGGUCUAUAACGGCACCCUCCACUCUCUCUAUCAUUCACCACACUUACACAAUUCUUCUUAGUCUAGGCCUGGCAGAAAAUAGCUUCUCUAUAAGGGCAGGUAACGCAAACUAAACAAAUGCAAAUAAAACACAAUGCUGUAAUUGUUCACUAUUUUGGGGAUGAUGCGUUUGACACAGCAUUUGAUACUGCUAAGCUAGCCAGAAACCAGGGGGUGUAUACAGCACUCAAACAUGCUCUCCUCCAUGCUACACUGACAGUGGGACUGUUUCGACAGUUUUCUCCGUUACUCAGCUCAGGAAAGGUGUAUGCUAUAGAGAGAUUAGAAGGACCACAGAGACUAGAAGCCCAGGACAGUAGAGUUCUGUGACUGAACGGUUCAGGAGGGGACUUAUCGUACGUGAUGCACGGAUCUCUGUUAAGAUGAAGAGGGAUUAGGACUGCCGGAGCUGGACUUCAGGAAGAGGGACUGGGGAGUGAGAGCUUCUUAUUGGUGCAGAGAGCAGUAGAACCAAUCAGAGGUUGAUGUUACACUGUAACAGGAAAUGGUCACAGAGGAGGAGGCGGACAGAUGGUAGUUCAAGAGCCAUAAAGAGAGAUAUGAGCGGGAACAGUAACAUAACACAGGGUUUCCCACACUUGAUCCUGGGGCCCCCCUGGGUGGACGUUUUGGUUUUUGCCCUAGCACUACACAGCUGAUUCAGGAUCGAGUUUGGGGAAACCCUGACACAACAGGAAAUGGCCUCUUCAGAGCAAUGUAGUUUUGUCUCUGAUUGGCCCCCAGGUCAUUGUUUCAAACUCAGUUAAACAGGCCUUGACCUUCGACUUCCUGGCGUCGUCUGCAGAGGCCAUUAGUGGGAGAGCUGUACUGUAUGAAAGCACCCCCCUCCCCCCCUCCACUCAAUCCAGUGGUCGCAGAACAUUGGUGUACAGCAGUGUUUGCAUGAGUCUCCCUUCGAUUCCUUCCAACACCUCUUAUCCCAGGUGAGGAACACACCUAUUGAACACCUAACCCACUGUGACGCCUGCCUCCCAACCCUUUCUCCAGGCUAGGCUACACCCCCUCUGUCCCCGUUCCCGUCCUACACCCAGGGCUGGCUGGGACCUAUAUGCGUAUGUGUGUGACUGCCUGCAGGAAGACCUAUCCUGCCUCACUCUGAAACCACUGUUAGUUCUCUGGUAACUGUGUGUCUUGAUGUGAGUACAGCCCACACACCAUUGGCAUUAAAGCCAUUGGACUCCUCUUAGUUCUCUCACUGCUAUAAGACCUUACUUCAGUGGUACAGUAUGUCAAUAGAUACAUGUGUAGAUAAAAUCUCUCUAUAUCUACAUUUAUAUAUACAUACAGUACAGUAUAUAGUAUGUGGAAAGACGUCAGUAAAAGAAGUGACCUUAGAAUAAGUCUGCUAGUUGAAACACUUGUUUGUGUUAAGAUGGGCCAGCAACUUGCAUCACAGCCAACUUACAGUGUGUACAUAUCAGAAAGCUAAAUGCAUCCUACAUGUAUCAUAUCGCUAAUAUUAUACAGUGCUAUGUUGAAGACUGAACCUUUUUAGCAUAUAGAGGUCAUUUAUUCUGAUCAAUACGUUUUUACCUCUCAAAAUACAUCUAAUUAUUUUUCUAUGAAGCGUCACUUCUAACGUGAUCAACCACUUUGGGUGAGACAGAUAGAUAGACACAGAAAUAUAUAGACGUAUUGCUGUCCUGGUCAGGGUCGGAGGAACUCAUAUAUUAUACACAUAUAUGACAAGUCACUCCACAUUCUAAGUGGAGGAUGUAUCAUGGUGCAGUUAUGUGCAACAUACUCGUCCUCUUCCUGUCCUCUAAUAUAAGUUGCUGACCCAUCCUUUGCAUUUUGGCUGUCUCUUAAUAAGGAACAUUUGUUUGUCAGUCGAUCACUGUUUAGUGUCUCCAGAUUUAACCUGUGGCCUCUGAAAGAGCAGCCCUUUUUCAUUUCUGUCUUCAUUCCUCCCUCACAAUCCACCCAUCUCUCCUUCUCUGUCUUUUUCCCCCCAUUCCAUUCGUUUCUCCCCCUUUGUCAUAUUGGCUCCGAGGCAAUGCUGUGUCUGUAUUAGAAGAUAUCUUUCUUCAGACUCAAGCCACCGUGUUUGGAGGCAAGUUAAACAUUUGUGUACACAAAGCAGAUUAUUUUUAAAAAAAAGUCUGAAGAAAAUAGUUAUAUUUUUUUCUUGUUUGAGAAAGGGACAACUAAGGUCAGAAGAUGCAGUACAUAUUUUUUUAGACUCAUGGGUAUUUGAUGGCUAAAAUAAGGUUUCAGCCGACAGGUUACAUUUUUAGCAUGUAAUCAUGUAAUCAGGAAUGUUUUGCGUUUUUCACAAUAUUGGGGGAAAAUGAUUAUUGCUAAAAUAUUUUUUUUAUUUGCUUUUAAGAUUUGUCUGGUUUAAAGAUGAUUUUGAAAAUAUUGGUAUUUUUGGAACAAUUGGCCUCAUAUGUGUUGAGAAACACAAAACAGCCAAAUACGGGGUGUCCAAUAUUUGAUAGAAAAUGUAGCAUUUAUGGCUAAUAAUGAUGUGGAAAGAUUUAGCACAUUGGUCUAUGUACAUAUUUCCCAUUUCAACUACGUAUAUCUUAAUAAUAACAUCAACUGUUGCUAUUUUGGCGAAAAUACACAAAAUGCUUGAACUAUGCAAAUAAAAAAGUAAAAUAUCAUAUGCUUGCUUUAGGAAAACCUUCUUGCAAUAAAGUGAAUGUAUACAAGUAUAUACAGUAUGUGUUUCUCUUUAGAUGUUUUCGGAAUAUUCCGCCGUACUUUCUAAGAAAAAUUAUAAUCAUAAUCAUUGAUAUUAUUACCGUUAUUGUUUUGAUCAUGAUAUUGAUGUUGAGUAUCACUGCCAAAAUAAUUAUACUACUGAUCAUCAUACUUUCUGUCUGUUAUAUUAAUAGACCUUUACUGACAAUAUCAUAAGGACUCAUAUUAUAUCAUAUGGACUCUUAUAUUAUAUCAUAAGGACUCUUAUAUUAUAUCAUAUGGACUUUGUUAUAUUCUAUUCUAUGUGUAUGUCUGGAUAAAUAAACCUGAAGAUAUCAUGUAGACUUUGAAAACUGACUGGAUGUGUGGAAAACACAGUAUGAAAUCAACUGUCAUUUGACUUUCAGUAUUCCUCUGAAAAAAUGUAUUCUGUGUCGCGUACACAUUUGACUGAAAGAUGAUCACAAUGGAGACCCGAGUUCGGAGGUUAGAGGUCAAACCCAUCAUUGACAUGGUGAAAUUAUGGGGCUCGCAUGGAGAACACUUUCUGAACUGUGCUAUAUGGUCAACAAUACUGGACUUCAUAGGUAACUCAUUUACAACCUCCAAUAAAGUAUAUUUGAAUUAUUA